AGAAGUAUUUAGCGUGUGCCCAUAUCCACCCUCUUGUACUAUCCACUACUUGUGACACACCUCAAGGUUCCACAUCGCACGAGGAUUCCGAGUUCUGCGAACGUAACAGCUGUAUGCCCGUCGCUUUUGCUCCUCGCUUACGAAUGAUCCGCGUAUACCAUGCCUUCUCUGCGCGGAUAAUUGAGUUCCUUGUUUUCUGAGCGUCGGAGACAUUCUCGACAGAAGGAAUUUGUUCUGUUCCGUGCGGACGUGCGAUUUUUACAUCCGCUUGCUCCGGUUGUAAAGCCUGGGAUUUCCUUUCUAUUCGUCCUCUUCUUUUGUCUUUUCCUCUCUCCCACUGGCUGUGCCCAGGAAAACGAACAGCUCGUCUGUCGCGGUGGGCAGGAUGGAGUCGCCGGCCCUGGACCUGUACAACAUCAAGCCCAACUACUCGUUCGAGUUCGAGUUUGAAGCUAACUUCAACAAGGACCAGAACCGACGAUGGAUGAACCAGAACUGGCACACGUCCGUCUACUGGGUGGGCCUGUACAUGCUUCUGAUAUUCGGCGGCCAGGCGUACAUGGCCGGCAGACCGGCUUUCACUCUGCGCCGUCCCUUGCAAGUCUGGAAUGCCCUCUUGGCCGUCUUCAGCAUCGUGGGCGCCUGCCGUACCCUGCCGGAGCUCAUGCACGUCCUUCGGGAGUUCGGCUUCUUCCAUUCGGUGUGCAACAACUCUUAUAUCGAAUACGACCGCGUGUCCGGAUUCUGGACGUGGAUGUUUGUGCUCAGCAAGGUGCCGGAGUUGGGUGAUACCAUCUUCAUUAUUCUUCGCAAGCGGGAGCUCAUCUUCUUGCACUGGUACCAUCACAUUACCGUCCUCAUGUUCUCCUGGUACUUCUACCAACAGCACAUAGCUCCCGCGCGAUGGUACGUGGUCAUGAACUAUGUGGUCCAUUCCAUCAUGUAUUCCUAUUUCGCAUUGUGCUCGUUCCGAGUGCGGCUACCGCGCGCCAUAAGCCUGGUGAUUACGACGCUGCAGAUAAUGCAGAUGAUGAUGGGGGCAUACGUGACGGCCCUCGGCUUGCGGAGUGGCCAGUCUUGCGCCAUUUCGGAGCAUACGGCGUGGCUGGCCAUUUACAUGUACACGUCGUAUUUCGUUCUGUUUGCGCUCUUCUUCUAUGGGUCCUACCUGAAGCCGAAGCGGAACAUCAAGGCAGAAUAAGACACGGCGACAGUUCCGUGCAAGCCGGAUAGUGAAACCACUGCUUCGAGAAGUGCUAUAUUGUGUUUACAGUAACAGACAAUGCCGAUAUGUGUUUCUUUUUUUUUCUUUUUUUUUUUCUUUUUGUGCCCGUGUCUGGAGGACUGAAGUGAUGGCGACUUGGUGGCACAUCUUGAAGCAUGGACUCAUGGGAUGUCGACUGGAACUGUGUCUGUUGUUAGAUCAUUGGUUCUUCAGUGUGUAGGACUCGCAUGCAGUCGAGCCGCUGAAGCGCGAAGCUAAUGAACUGCCAAGGCAAAUUGUUGAUUUUUUACGUGACAUCGAAGAUUUUGGUUUGAAGAUUGUUCGUUGUUUUCGUUAUAUCCAUGUCUUGUAACUUGCACUUUGGUAAGUUUGCAUUAUAAGUUUGCUUACCUAACGGAGGCGAAGUAAUAAUACUCACAGAGUGCGCGAAACGGAAUCGCAAGCAGGGAGCAACUGUGUAGUUCGUAAUAUAGGCAUUCUGUAAUAUCGUGUGCAGACUUAAUGGCGUGUGAAUGCGUAUAGAGUUUCCGGACCUGAUUAAAACGAACGGGAUAUGUUCCGUGCACUGAGCACCUGCUAGUUGGAUAGUUCUCUGCGGUGCUAUAUUAGUGUGCGUGAAAGUAGGCUACCACAGCGGGCUCUCUUGCUCAAUUCUAGCCUGUAGUUACUACUUAACAUUUGUGAGCCCCCGCCGGAAGAGGUGGGGGGGAAAAGUAUUACAAUAAACCAAUUUUUAAUUUUAGGCGAAAAUAAAAUCUUGCGAUGGUUCA